AUGCUGGGAGCAGGGAGGAUGGAGGAGUUUCAUAGCGAGGAGGACGAGCCUUGGUAUGAUCAACAGGACCUUGAGCAAGGUGAGGAACAAAUUGAGACCUUCACUCCCUUUGCCUCAUUCAGCCCAAAUAUACACUGCUAGUUAGACAGGCCUAAAUGUUACUCUCCACUGCAAGCUUAGAAGGUUUACUUGCAAAUGGUUAGCGGCCGAGUGGAAAUCUUGAGCCUAAAGUUUAUAUAAAAUAUUCCAAAAUUGUAUUAUACUAUAUUGUUGAGUAAGAAUUAUAUGGAUUAUUUAUGUUAAAAGAGAGGAUAAACUGUAAACCAUUUGGAUUAUUAAUGACAAUAGCAACGGCCUUUUGGCGUAAAACCCUUAUCAAGGAAUAACAUAAUUCUAACUCUCUCUUGAAAGUAACAACAAAUUUAUUAAUUCGGUUAUUAACUGUCUUUUUUUUUUUUCUCCAGUCUGGCUGCUUUUGAUUAAAAUUUACAAUUCCAUUUUACAAGGCAUACUAUUUCAUGUCCUACUCUUUUAGACAGGCCUUAAAAGUUUCUGGUCACUGCAAGCCUGGAGCUCUAUGGCAUACUUGCCAGGACUAAAUUAUGACUCUCUGAAGGCUAUUGGCGAGUGGAAAUUAUGAGCCCUGUCUUCUUAUUGCCUUAUUGGCAAUUCCCAGUUUAGUGAAAAACUUUGUGUGUUAUUGUGAUGGUGUAAAUUAUAUAGAACAGUUGAACAGAAUUGUGUAAGAAAUAUAUUCGUAUGCUCCUGUGUCCUGGCUAUUAAAGGGACACUAUAGUCACCAGAACAACUACAACUCAUUGUGGCCACUUCUCAAAUGGCAACUGGAGGUGCUUUCUGGGGCUGUACUGCACAAUGAGCAGCACUGCUGUUCAGUGUCUCCACGCUCUGCAUGCAGACACCGAACUUUCCUCUUAGAGAUGCAUGGAUUUUAAUGCAUCUCUAUUGGGAGAUGCUGAUUGGCCUUGCUGGCAUUUGGCCACACCCCGCCUUCAUGGUGAUCUCAGCCAAUCCAAUGCUUUCCCUAUGUGGAAAAUCAUUCUGAUUGUCAGCCAAAGAGGCGGAGCCGUAGCCACCCGAGCCGCACGGCGCUGGAAAAAUGGUAAGUGUUAACCCUUUUUUAAAGGGGUGAAGUGGGGAGUACCUAAAUGGUUGUUUCAACAAUAUAGGGUCAGGAAUACAUGUUUGUUCCUGACCCUAUAGUGUUUCUUUAACCCCUUAAGGACCAAACUUAUGAAAUAAAAGGGAAUCAUGACAUGUCACACAUGUCAUGUGUCCUUAAGGGUUUAAUAAUAAAGAUUAUCUAAAACAUAAAUUACAUGUGGUGAUGGUUAAGAUAGUUUUUACCAUAAUACAAUUCUUCUGGUGUUUUCUUUGCAUUCUCUUACUGUAUUAUUGUCUGACUUCUUAAGAUGCUGGUUGCCUGCCAACAUUUUUGGCUCCCUCUCGCUAUCUUAUUACCUCCUCCAAUUGUGCCCAGACAAUGCACGCACUCACAUGUAGAUGCCAGAUGCCAGUUUAGAGCUCGGUUCAUUUAAUGGUCAGUCAGUACUCUGAGGCUGAGUGCUAUUAAUAUCUUCACUCCCAUCAUGCCAAGGACUCAUUCUUAUCGUCACAAAAUACUGCAGUGUUCCAUUUCCGCUAAUGCUAUAUGUAGACAAUGGGUGCUUCCCAACUUUUAAAAUGGUCUUAUGUGUAAUAUCCUUUUUCAAUAUUCAUACUGAAACAAUUGAGGAGUGAUGCAGAACUAUAUUUGAAUUUUUAUUUUAAAUUAGGAACAAUUUCAUAUGGAUGGUAUAGUGCAAGAAUAUGAAGUGUAUGUAAGAGGUUCAUGUCACAUUUGUUUAUUAAAGGGAAACUGUCACUCUGUAAAUUCCAAUAUUGAAUAAAAUAUUGAAAUUCACAUAUUUUGUGUUAACCUUUUUUACGUGAUACUACAUUAUCUUUCAAAUGUAUAUUGAAGAUUUAGCAAGUGACCUUAACAAAGUUAAAGGGACACGAUGGUCACCAAAACAACUUUCGCUUAAAGAAGCAGUUUUAAUGUAUAGAUCAUGAUUUUAAAGUCUCAUUGCUCAAAUCACUGCUAUUUAGGAGUUAAAUCUCUUUUGUUUCUGUUCAUGUAGCCCCUGCCACACCUCCCACAGCCUGGUUUCAUUUUCAUUUAGAUGAUACUUCCUUUAAAACUUUUUUAAUCCUGCUCUGUAAAUUGAACUUUAAUCACGCACAGGAGGCUCCUGCAGGUUCCAGCAAGCUAUUCACAUAGCAGGGGAUAAGAAAAUCUUAAUUAAACAGAAUUUGCAAUAAAGGAAAUAUAAGAUGACUCUUUACAGGAAGUGUUUGGGAGAGCUGUGUACGUCACAUGCAGGGAGGUGUUACUAUGGCUACAUAAACAAAGUGAUUUAAUUCCUAAAUGUUGGAAAAUUCAGCAGUGAGACUGCAGGGGCAUGAUCAAUACACCAAAAUUGCUUCAUUAUGCUAAAGUUGUUUGGGUGACUAUAGUGUUCCUUUAUGUCCAAGCACAGCCAGGACACGUAUUACUAAUGAGGAGUAAGAUAAACACUAUGGGUUCGGCUACUUUGAAUGCACGUUGAAAUCUCACUUGAAUACUAUAAAUGAAUAAUACUGUAGGAGUAAUCCUGGUGAAUUCUUCUAAAAGUGUAGUAGAAGCCAUGGAAAUCAAUGCACGGUCCUUGCUGAAUGCUCCACUUUAUAAUCUCUGCUCCGGAAUUCUCAUUAUACAUAAUCCCCAUAGUUUCGUGUAUCCUCUUCUCUGUAUGCUUUCUCUAUGGCGGCUGCAAGGUGCAAGAGACAGAGCUUACAGGGUUAUACACCUACUAUGACCACGUCUGCUUAUAGAAGUGGUCAUAUUGGUAGGAUUCUGUAUAUGUUUCUUUUUGAAACACAGCACAUUUAGAGAAAUAUAUUGUCAUGUGUGCUGGGGGUUUGUUGCAUCUGCGGCACAUAUGACCCUGCACUGCCAAAUGUCAGUUCUGUACUUAAAAUACAUCUUACCGUCAGAGCGCUGGCAACAAAUAUAAUUCGAUUGCCCUCCUGUCUCCCUAUAUCCUCCGUCAGAAAAAAAACAACAAACAAACAAAAAAUCUUCUCGCCAUCUCCUACCUUUACUGGCUCUUAGUGUGCGAAUGCGCACUGAGGUGGCUAAACAGUCAAAUCAAAGGCUGUGAAGCCUGUGAUUGGACCUCGCGAUCGCUGCCCUGACAUCAGACAGGGAGUGGAAAUUUGUGUCGGGAUCUUCGUCCAAUGCAGGACUUCAGUUAAGUUAUUGCUUCAUUUGAUUUAUUUCAGUAUAAAAGGGUAAGCGUAAUCCUUAGAUGGAGAUUAGAUGGAGGCACUCCGUUACAGAAAAAAAUAGGUGUUGAUGUUUUACAUUUAAUUUUAUAUCUCAUGCCUCACAAAUGCAGGUUUGGUAAAUUUAAUGGAUAAAUGAACAUAAUAUUAAAUAUCCUAGAAAGUGACAGUUUCCCUUUAAGAAUUGCAUCUGAGGUAUUAUAUCUAUGCAAUUGGAAACGUAGUAUGUGUGACAUAACAUUUUGCAAAUAAAAUUCACGAACAGGAAAUUACAAAACCCUUCUAUGAAUAUCUUACCAGUAGAUCUUGCAGCCUAGCUCUGUCAUGUCACACGGCAACGUUUGACAUCAGGGAUGUCACAGAGAAAGCUUUGUGUCCGUACAAGUGACUCAGAAGCUCUGGAAAAUGUAUUCAGUAUGUGUAUGUAUCUCCUGUUUCUCUAGUGCCAGUCACAGAGUGAAUAGAAGGACACCCACAUUAACUGCAAAAUAAAUAAUAAAGAAUCACUAUUUUGGUUUCAAAAUCACUUUAGUAGAGCACAGAACCACUUACAGGUCCUUGACAUCACUGUAUUACAAUUGUGUAGAUGACAUAUCAACCCUCGAACAAUCCGUCUCAUUUUUGUUAAGUUAAGGUAGACAAGAAUUUUUACAAGAUGUAACAGGCUAUUUUAUAUAGUAAUGCGUGGUAGUUAACAGGUUAAUCAGAACAUUUGUUAAGUUCAGUAGGAGAGUGAGGCUAACACCGUACUAGGUAAGAUGGAAGGUAGGUUAUAAGAUUUGCAUGUUAGAUGUACAGUGGUAGAGUAAUAUAAUGUGCUUAGUGUAGGGAGGGAAGCAGGAUUAACCUGUGGCGAGUUGGCCUCCGCCUGCGUAGAAGAUGCGUUGGGGGCUGUGCACCAGAUAGCCUUUGGCCUAGAUGGGAAAACCUGGUGAUUUUCGUGUAUUGUCAAGAUUGUGCCCGAGGGUGUCCCAUGCCCUCUCAGGCUGCGGCCUCUCUGGCAUCCCCCUUUACUCCAGUUCUCUUGCAACUGAACCUGUGCUGCAGUAUGCCGAGCUUCAAUCCGUGCCCAGAAGCUAUUAAACAGUUUGUUUAAGUGUGUGCUUAGAUACUCUGUUGCGCUGUAGUGGCUUUCCAGAGGCACAUGGAUCCCAUGGGUUGCACGUCCACCAUUUUGGAGUGGUCCACGGCGGGCAGGAUCUGUACACGAUCAGGGCUAGUGCCAGUGUUUGCGGUCAACUUGGGUAGGUGUAACUGAGCGGUGGGGACUGGGAUAACCCCCACCGGUCCAGAGGGGGGGUUGCUGUGUACCAUGGAUGCUGCUUGCGUUAAAGGGCUGGGAGAGCAGCCGCCUCUCCCCUGUUCUGCACAGUGUAGGCCUCAAGCCUCAGAUCAGGCGAUCCCACGGUUGGUAUGGUCGUGUGAGGCAUAGGCGUGCGCAGUCUGUUGCAUUAGGGUGUGCACCCUAAAGCACAAACACGCCUCGUGUAUAUGUAUGUGUGUGUGUGUGUAUGUAUGUAUGUAUGUAUAUAUAUAUAUAUAUAUAUACAUACACUGCUGUGUGUGUGUGUAAGGGUGCUGUUAGUGUGAUGUGUGGUAUGUGGGUGAGGGUGUUUGUGUGUGUGUGUUUGUGAGGGUGCUGUUAGUGUGCUGUGUGUGAGGAUGCUGGUAGUGUGUGUGUGUGUGUGUGUGUGUGUGUUUGUUAGGGUUCUGUUACUGUGCUGUGUGUGGGUGUCGUGUGUGUGUGAGGGUGCUGUAUGUGUGUGUGUGUGCUGUAUGUUUGGAGGGAUUGCGGGGGUGGAGGUGGGAGCAGAUUAGUAAAUAUUCCACCUCCCUUCUUACCUUAUGUAGGGAGGGAGGAUCCUUGCUGCCAUGUGCCAUCCCUUAUGGUCCAGUGGAGAGUGAACUCUAGCCUGUGGGGCUAGAGUUCACUCUCGCAAGAUCUGAGCGUUGCCGCGCUAAUGCUCCGACCUUGCGAGAGGAACUCGGCGGAGCUGCUGGCUAGAGCUCCCCGGGUCCUCUCCUGCCUCCCUUCAUGCUGCUGUGGACCGGUGAGGUAGAUCUUUGAUCUCCCCACCGGCCUAUGGAGGCUUAGAGCAGAGCCGGCACUCAGAUAGCGCCGGCUCUGCAUGAGCCGACAGGGGAGAUCAUGAGAUCUCCCCUGUUGUCUCAAUCCAUAGGCGUGCCGCAGGGAUUAGGGUGUGCCCAGGCACACCCUGUGCGCACACCUAUGGUGUGAGGCAUCCUCUGAUUCAUCGAUGGCUGCAAAGCAAGGCGCUGUAGAUUGGGGACUGGGAUGGAGUGAUUUUCCCGUGAAUAAGGGCGAUUAACUGAUUCAGGCUCGGGAGCUCACACAAGGUGCGUCCGCUUGGCUCCACAGUCAGGCUCCGCCCUGACAUCACUGUUUUAAAUCUCCUAACACCACCCAAGCACAAGAUGAGGCUACUGUGUUAAAGGGAAUAUAUAUAUAUAUAAAGGGAUCAUAGUCCAUGCUUUGGUUUGAAAAAAAACUAUAUACAGGUGAUGCAUGGCUGUAAUUUUAAGUACUUGAACUGUGGGGAUCAUGUUUGAUCUCGCCAAAUCUUGGAUUUAAAAAAAGGAGUAUGUGUAAACUGUAAUUUGGAUAUCUGCUUUUUACUGGAAGCUGCACAGGCUGCAAUAAGCGUACUUUACAAAGGACUAUAAAUAUAAUAACCUACUUCUGGCUUUUCUUGCAUUUUUGUGAUUAUAAUUUAAAUGCAUUACAGAUUUUGGUCUAAAACUAUUGGUUUGGCUUUCAACUCCCAUUUAAAGCCUUGUUGUGGUCAUAAACUUUGGUGUUGAUGAGCAAGACUUUAUGGGAUAGGCCAGAAGUCAUAGAAACAUAGAAUGUGACGGCAGAUAAGAACCAUUCGGCCCAUCUAGUCUAGUUUUCUAAAUACUUUCAUUAGUCCCUGGCCUUAUCUUAUAGUUAGGAUAGCCUUAUGCCUAUCCCACGAAUGCUUAAAUUCCUUUACUGUGUUAACCUCCUACCACUUUAGCUGGAAGGCUAUUCCAUGCAUCCACUACCCUCUCAGUAAAGUAAUACUUCCUGAUAUUAUUUUUAAACCUUUGCACCUCUGUCCUCUUGUUGUGGUAGUUUUUCUUCUUUUAAAUAUAGUCUCCUCCUUUACUGUGUUGAUUCCCUUUAUGUAUUUAAAUGUUUCUAUCAUAUCCCCCCGGUCUCUCCUCCAGCUAUACAAAUUAAGAUCCUUUAACCUUUCCUCGUAAGUUUUUUUUUAUUUUUUUUUUUAUCCUGCAAUCCAUGAACCAGUUUAGUAGCCCUUCUCUGAACUCUCUCCAAAGUAUCAAUAUCCUUCUGGAGAUAUGGUCUCCAGUACUGCAUACAAUACUCCAAGUGAGGUCUCACCAGUGUUCUUUACAAUGGCAUGAGCACUUCCCUCUUUCUACUGCUAAUACCUCUCGCUAUACAACCAAGUAUUCUGCUAGCAUUUCCUGCUGCUCUAUUACAUUGUCUGCCUACCUUUAAGUCAUCAGAAAUAAUCAUCCUUAAAUCCCUUUCCUCAGAUGUUGAGGUUAGGACUCUAACAAAUAUUCUGUACUCUGCCCUUGGGUUUUUAGGUCCAAGAUGCAUUAUCUUGCACUUAUAGAAACAUAGAAUGUGAUGGCAGAUAAGAACCAUUCGACCCAUCUAGUCUGCCCAAUUUUCUAAAUACUUACAUUAGUCCCUGGCCUUAUCUUAUAGUUAGGAUAGCCUUAUGCCUAUCCCACGCAUGCUUAACUUAAACUCCUUUAUGUGUAUCCACAUUAAAUGUCAGCUGCCACAACUAAGUCCCACAGUAAGCUAUAACAAUUACCAGAUUUUACUAAUUACAUGACGUAAAGUCAUGAUUUUAUAAAGGACACGGAGGCGAGUAUUAGGCUUUCCUCUUUCUUUAUUCCUCAGCAGCAAAGAAAGCUAAGGUGUUUAUUUGUAGAAAAAAAGGAAAAAGAAACAUGUAUAACUACCCUCACAGGGUUAACAUUACAUCAUUAUCUCCUAUCCAAUAGGAGCAGUCCUUCUCUGAUAUCCUUUCCUGUAACCUCCUCCUCUUCCUCUUUCUUGAUGUUGCCGAAGUUAAAGUUCGUGUUUGUACCAAGUAACUAUCCACUCGGUCGAACCUAACCUAAACAGAAAAAACAGUUGAACAUUGAACUUGACCGUGAACUCCUCCAUGGGGAAUAAACGUUGGAGACCUCCAGAACUGAUCCCCUUGAACUCGAACUCGUCGUCCAUCCUAGGAGUUGUAGGAUUGUUCACGCUGUAAAAACAAAGAAAAUAGUGGUAAAGCGUGUCCUUGCCAACUAUUGUCGUUUUACUCUUAUGUAUCAAACUUGAGCUGUUUAUGAAACCGUUAUGUUUAACCAAAUCUGUCAUAGUCAACCACGUUAUGUAUUACCAAGAACCACUUACGUGAAGAAGGAAAAAAGUGAACUCUUUCUACCAAAAUACUUAGUACGUACCUGGGUUGGGAUACACAACUUGUGUAUCUGUUCCGGGUGGGCUAAUACUCGCCUCCGUGUCCUUUAUAAAAUCAUGACUUUACGUCAUGUAAUUAGUAAAAUCUGGUAAUUUUAUUAAAGGACACGGAGGCUCUUAUUAGGCUAGUUCAAAGCUGUGAAAUAACCUGGCUCGACACGUGCUCUGUUUGCCGAAAGUAAUAUUCUUUAAACGUCGAUUCCCUGGACCAGUCUGCCGUUCUCAUGAGGUCUUCUAAUCUACAACCUAGCGUGAACGCUUUGGAUGCCAUGGCUCCUCUAGUAGAGUGUGCGCCAUAUACGGAGGUAUCUAUGUGAGCUAACGUCAUUAUCCAUUUCACCCAGCGGGCGAGGGUUACCGUGGAGACAGGUUGAUGUGGUUGUCUGAUGGCCAGAAACAAUUCCGGAUGUGUUGAUUUCCUGAAUUCCGAGGUUCGUUUCUCAUAUUCUCGUAGGCAGUGUACUGGACAGAGCUUCUCGUUGUGUGGGAACGAAGGGUAUGAGACUGAUGUAAUUGACGAUUUUGUACGCCUGGAGAUGUUGAACGAGACUCCUGUGGGAGUAAAGGAGCGUGCAUCAACGUCCAGUGCUCUAACGUCUGACACCCUCUUGCAAGAUAGCAGGCAGAGGAGCAUGGUGAGCUUCGCUGACAGUUGUUUGAGCGUAAGUGCCUCGUUUUGAGGCCAGGACUCUAACAGCGUCAGCACUGAGUUGACGUCCCACAAUGACGAGUAUCGGGGUUGUGGUGGGCGGGCAAAACGAAUUCCCCUCAGGAGACUGCAUACCAGAAGUUGCUGACCCAUCGGGGUUCCCUCUAUACCUUGGUGCCCUGCCGAGAUUGCUGAUCUAUAGACGUUGAUGGUCCGGUAGGCCAAUCCUUGAUUAUGUAGGUUGGUGAGGAACCUCAACAGAUAACUUACAGGAGCACGUACGGGAUCCAUUUGUUGUUCCAUGCACCAACUAGCCCAUCCGUUCCAGGCAUAGAGGUAGGAGCGUCUAGUUCCAGGUGCCCAGGCUCCCGCCAGUAGUUCGACAGUGUCCUGUGGAACGUCCGGUAUGCUCCAGGGUCCCCUGAAAGGAGCCACGCUAAGAAUUUGAGACGCCCCUGGGUCAUGAGGGGAUGUGGGUUGCCCUCUGGGUCUGAUAAAAGGAACCAGGGGUCCGGAAGUCGUCUCGGGAAGUCCAUGGACAUUUCCAUUAGGGUCGGGAACCACGGUUGGGUUGUCCAAAACGGAGUUAUGAGGACCAGGGUCGCUUGAGUACGUCUCAGAUGUACUAUCGUGCGAGCUAUGAGGGAGAACGGAGGGAAGGCAUAUAAUCGGCUGUUCGGCCAGUGUUGGAGAAAAGCGUCCGCUGCUAGUGCAUCUGGGUCUGGUCUCCAACUGAAGAACGUUGGCAGUUGUGAGUUCAGCCGGGAUGCGAACAGAUCGAUUUGCAUCGGGCCCCAGAGCGCUUGAAGCUGUAAGAACACCUCGCGGUCCAGCCGCCAGUCGCUGGCGUCUUGUAUGUGUCUGGAAUGCCAAUCCGCUACCACGUUGGACAUACCCGGGAUGUAUUCCGCUUGGACCGAGAUGUUGUGUUCCAGGCAGUGUUGCCAGAACUCCUUGGCCAGGUCCGCCAGUAUCUUCGAUCUCGUGCCACCGAGGUGGUUGAUGUAGCGGACUGCGGAAAUGUUGUCCAUGCGUAGGACGAUGGAGCAAUUGGUUAUGCCCCCGAGGAGGCUCUUCAGUGCGAAAGAUCCCGCCAUGAGUUCCAAACCGUUGAUGUGUAAUUUUUUCUCUGCGCACGACCAGGUUCCUCCGGUGGAGGUAGGCCCGCAGCGCGCUCCCCAACCGUGCGUGCUCGCAUCGGACUCUACGAUGAAGUCCGGGGCAGACCCGAAUAUUGCUCUGCCGUUCCACGCCUCCAUGUGUAGCAGCCACCAUGUGAGUUCCUGUUUGGCUUCGUAGUCGAGUGGUACAGAGUCGGAGUACGCAUGCCCUGAGCGUAAUUGUGUGGCCUUUAGACGCUGUAGGGCCCUGUAGUGUAGUGGCCCCGGGAAUAUUGCCUGAAUGGAGGCUGAGAGGAGUCCGAUUACUCUGGCUAGUUGCCGGAGUGUCAGUACCGGCCUCUUGAGUGUUCUGCGGAUCUCCUUUUUGAUGAGUUUUACUUUGUCCGUUGGUAAGCUGAGCGUACCGGUAGUCGCAUCUAUGUGAAAACCCAAGAAUUCCAUGUUCUGGGACGGGGUAAGCACCGAUUUCUCCCAGUUGAUGAGAAAUCCUAGAUUCUGUAGCAGUGUCACUGCCCAUGUCAGGUGCUGUUGUAAUUGACGGGCUUCGUGCGCCAUGAUCAGCAUAUCGUCCAGAUAAAUGAUCAUCCGGACGCCUCUGCUGCGUAGAAAGGCGACCACAGGCUUCAGCAGCUUGGUGAAGCACCAAGGGGCCAAUGAGAGACCAAAGGGAAGGCAGCGGAAUCGCCACAUUGUCGCUUCCCAUUGGAAUUGGAGCAGGUGGUGGCACUCUUCCGCAAUGGGGAUUGUAAGAUAUGCAUCUUGGAGGUCCAGCUUCACCAUCCAGUCCCCUAACCUGAGCAGGUCUCGCAGGCAGUGGAUACCCUCCAUUUUGAAAUGGUGGUACCGCACAAAUGCGUUUAGUGGCCGCAAGUUGAUGACUGGGCGCACCCCGCCGCCCUUCUUGGGUACCAGAAACAGAUUGCUCAUGAACCCAGGGGAUGGUGAAGGGACCUGGUAUAUGGCGCCCUUCGCUUGGAGGGUGCGAAUCUCCUCGCUCACCAAUCCCUUGUCUUGCGUGGAGAAAACUAUGCGGUGUGGUCUGUGUGUUUGGACCGGGGUUCGCACAAACUCUAUGUGGUAACCCCUGAUGGUGUUGAGGACCCAUACGUCCGCAGUCAGCUGUUGCCAGGACUCUACAAAGUGUAACAGUCUGCCCCCCACAGUCGGUACCAUAAGGUCGGCGGCUGUACGAGUUGCCUCUGGGUCCUCGAGGUUGCCAUGGUCUGGCCCUGACCGGGAAGAAGGGUGAGGGCGUACGGCUCUCUGGCGGCUGGAAUCUAGCCGUGGCGGGACCUCUGUAUCCCCGGUAGGAACCGCGGGAAGAACGGCCGGGCAGACGGCCCCGGUGUCUGCCGGCCCCACCAAAAACUCUGGGAGAGAACACUCUUUUUAUAUUUGUCUGUGCCUUGUCUAGGGCCGUAAAGGUGCUCACAUACAUUCCCAAUUCUUUGACAAAGUUGUCACCGAACAGGAGACCCUUGGCUUGCGGUCCCGGUUCGGUGAGAGCCAUGUUAAUUAGCUUGGGCUCGAUUUUCAUUAAAAUAGUUUUGCGCCUUUCUGUGGCCAGUGCAGCGUUAGCGUUGCCGAUGAGGCAGAUCGACCGUUGGGCCCAGCCUCUAAUGGCUAGUAAAUCAAGAGGCGUUCCCUCAUUUAAGGCCGCUUCGACCAAUUCAAAAAUCUUGGCACUAGGGCCCAAUGUAUCCAGCACUUUAUCUUGGCAGUGGCGUAGGGAGUAAUCAAGUCCCUUCUUCGCCUUCCAGCCAGACUUACCCAAGAACUGUGCUAUUUUGGGGUCGAUAUCAGGUGUAGCACAGGCCAUGUCAGGCACAGUCGGGCGUGGGCAUUCAGCCCGUAGUUUCUGCCUGGUGGCCUUAUCCAAAGGUUUGCGGAUUCUGGCCGCUAUGUAUCGUGCUACAUGAUCGGUUGGAUACCACUCCGCCGAUCUCGGGUUUUGUAAGGUGUCUGGGUCGAACAGAGGUUCGCCCUGAGGGUCCAGAAUAGUGGUUUCAUCCGCCGUGUCAUGCACGGGGUUGGCUCGAGUGCGUGUCGGACUCUGGUCCGGGGAGGAAAACUCCCAUUCCUCUGAGUCGGCUUGGUCCGACCCGUUCAAAACCUCCUCACUAUCCGAAUCAGUGUCGGAAGAAUCUGACAGGGCUUUUGCCCUCUUCCAUGUCCGCGCCGCUUUUGCCCGGCGGGUGGCUCGUUUUCGUGGGGGCCCCACGACCUCAGGUGCGACAGGACGUACCCUGUCCGUCAGUCUAGUUUUGGAGGCAUGUGUUCCCACAUUGUGGGUUUUACUCAUGGCCUUACGGCCCUCUCUGCUUAAAGGUUCCCCCUCUGCGGCCCUGGCUUGAGUCAUGCUGGGGUUAGACGCCUUAAUGGCACUCGAAAUAGAGUGUGACAAGUUAUCCGACAUAACCCCCAUGGCGGUAAAGAUAGCUUGGGUAACUGAUUUUGACAUGGUGGCGUCCAGGAGCGAGUGGAACUCCUCAGAGUCCAAUUGCUCCAGAGGGGCCACCAUGUCCCUAUGCAGGGAUAUGGGUUCAGCCACGGAGGGCCCGUGCUGGGCCUUAGUAUCACCUUUAUCACUGGUGCCAGGGGCAGAAAAAGCCUCAGGGGUCUGCAUCAUGGGUUUAAAAGACAGGAUUAUGUAUAUGGCUACCUGAUGUGUCAGUAAUGAGCUACUAAAAACAGGCAAGAGACAAGGCAGCAGGACAACAAGCACAGAAUGUACUGUUAGCUUACCGAGUGUUCCCUCAGGAAUGGCUCCUGGGAUCACUGGCAAGCUAACAGUACAGCAAACAAACCAAUCAGCUCGCGCCCUGCAGUGGGCUGAACGAGCUGAGGGAGAAAAAAGAGCGGCAAAAUUUUUUCUAGUGCCGCCCCUUUAAGAUGUGCGCCAGUAUGGGCCGCGCAUGCGCGCGCGGCGCUCACGAACGAGAGGCCGCGGCGGGGGAACCCUCCGCCGGGAGAGAGAGCCGGUCCGGUCCUCGAGGGUUCCCUGCGCCGCGUGACCGAUGAGGGGGGUAAUAAACUACCCAGCGGCAAGUGUGGAGCCGGUAUCCCCGCGGGGGGGCGGGGUACCGGCGGGACAAUGUGGGAAAGGGGCCCCCCCACGGAGGGUUAGCUUGAAGGGGGGGUGUACACCAAACGCACAAUGCGUUCUGCUGAGUUUAAGUCAGGUCACAAAAACAGGCAUAAUUUAAAAUAAAGUCAUACACACAUAUAUAAGUACAAAUGACAGUUAAGAGAAAAAACAAAGUGUUACUUAGCUGAGGCAGCAGCAAAGAAAGAGGAAGAGGAGGAGGUUACAGGAAAGGAUAUCAGAGAAGGACUGCUCCUAUUGGAUAGGAGAUAAUGAUGUAAUGUUAACCCUGUGAGGGUAGUUAUACAUGUUUCUUUUCCUUUUUUUCUACAAAUAAACACCUUAGCUUUCUUUGCUGCUGAGGAAUAAAGAAAGAGGAAAGCCUAAUAAGAGCCUCCGUGUCCUUUAAUAAAAUUGGCAUUGACUGAGCCACUUCCUGGUUUGGUGAGAGCCCACUGCCAUUAUUUUGAUAUAUGUUUUCUCUGCACAUGGUUUAUAAUGCAAUACUUGUCUAUUUAAGAAAAGUUGGUCAGCGCCAUACUGAAGACUCCCCUCAUUUAUACAAUACACAGACGUACAAAAAAAAAGGCUUUGUUUUUAAAGGGGCCUUUACACCAUUUAAAGGGGCGGCCAGUAAAAAUAAGAUUUUGUAUAAUAGAUUGCAUUUUUUCUUAUUAAAAACUGUAUAUGUAAGUAGGACGGAGCUAGUUCAAAAGCAGUCUGUGUUUCUCAGAACAAUAAGGAACACAUGAUAAAUGUGCUGUGUUCUUGUUUCUAACAGAUCUGCACCUGGCAGCAGAACUGGGAAAGACGCUUUUAGAGCGAAAUAAGGAAUUGGAGGUUUCAUUGCAGCAGAUGUACCUUACCAAUGAAGAUCAGGUGCAGGAGAUUGAGGUAUUGUGACAGUAGAAAUUUUAUCUUCACGAUCUUUUACUCUAUAAUGAUUCCACAUGAUAUAUUCACGAAGAGGUUUUCAAAUGUACAUUUUAUUAUAUUAUUGCUCCUGUAUUUUUAGCACACAAGGAGUUCCAAUUGUUUCAUAUACAUCUGUUCAUUUUGUGUUUUUUUUUUUUUUCAUUAACUGGGCUCAAAAUUUUACUUGCUUAUUUGAUCCCUGGUGAGCUGGCCGGGAAAAAAAAACUAUCCAAGUAUCAUAAGUUCUACAGCUUGCUGUAGUGUUUUAUUUUUUAUUUUUUUUUCCACUGGCUACCCUUCACAUUGUAAAUAGUCAAAAAGUUUUUGAACAGUUGACCUCAUGUGGGGUCUGCCAUAGCCGCACUCUGAGUCCACUACUAAUGCUGUAGAACUGGAAGUUCCUAAGCAUUAUUUGAUCGCAGUCAGCCAAUGAGCUAAGCACAGCACCGCAGGGCUUAGCUCAGGAGAGCUAAUGGAAGCUUAGGAGCUUAAAUGUUUUAUUACAUUUUUCUCGUGCUGAAAGGCCAUUUGACCAAAGCUCUAGCUUUAAACACCGAAACCACCUGCAAGGUGCUGGUAAGAGUAAUAAGAAAGGAUAUCAUUUGGGAAUACUCAAAUUAAACACAUGUAUUAGCACAUAUAUACACACACAAACACACUGUGGCCUUUCACACAAAAUAUAUCUCUCCUGACACAUUUAUGCAUGCACUGAGACUUCAUACAAAUACAUGACUGCAUUCACACACAGACUUUUUAUAUAAAUUCACACACAGACCUGCAUCCACACACAGUUACACUCCACAUAUACACACACUAACAUUCCACACACACACACACGUGUCACUGACAUGGCACACACAUACCCACUUUCACAUACUGACUCUCAGUACAGAUAUACUCCUACUUUCACAGCACACGUACGCUCCAUGCUAAAGACAUGCCAUGAAUCAAAACAAAUUGCUAAAUAAUGAAGUAUUGCAGGUCCUUGUAAUGCCUUUUUUUUUUUGGACUAACCGGAAUUUGUAUUUAUUUAGCUUUCAGGAGUUCCUCACUUUAUCGUUUUUUUUAAAGCAUGCUUUAGACUUAUUUAUUUAUUACUGGUAUUUAUAAAGUGCCAACAUAUUCUGCAGCGCUGUACAAUUAGUGGAGAACGUACAAUAUACACGAGGUCAAGAGAAAAAUACAAGAGGUCGAGAGAGCCCUGCCCGUAAGCUGAUAACUAGUCAUUGGAGCUCUUUUAUACAAGGUGCUUAGCCAGAUGGUCCAUGAGCUUACAAUCUAAAGGAUGCAAUGCGGAUUUGAGACAAGAGGUAAAGGGAGAAAUCUAAUCACUGCAAAUUUCCAUUAGUCCAAUAAAAAAGGUAUUACAAGAAUCGGCAAUGCUUCAAUAUUAUGCAUCUAGAUUAGUGGACUAAUAUAGCAGCUCUAAUAAUAUGAUUCAAUACCAAAUUAUUGUUUCCUCAUACUUUUUUUUAAAUUAUUAUUUAUUAAUUUUUAUUUGGUUUUGAAUUAACAUUUACAAUCAUUCAACAGUAUUUGCAGAAAAAUUUGCAGACAUUGCAGUAAGAUAUGUAACAUACAGGUAUAAACUGAUACGCUUUGUCAGUCGAUUAUCCCCUGACCGGUAUUUUUCACAUUAUCACUGUACAUAGGCGGUUAAUUAGCUGAUUCAAUUAGUCAUUCGGUACAGACAGGUAGUCCCGUGCAGUGUGAGACUCUCACACUUGUUUUUAGGUCUGGCAAAUAGCUCAGGGCCUAAAAUUGUAAGCCCUGCUAUUAGAAUAUAAGAACUGAUUUUAAAAUAGUUAGUUCUGAAGUGUUCAUUACAUGUGUUUAUUAAAAUGUAAGACUUUGCACAGCAGCCAAAUAAACAAACGUAUCCCAAAUAUUUACACAUUUUUUACUUUUCUCAGCUAUUUUAUAUAAAGUCCAUUUACAUUCUAAUAUUACAUAUCCUUUAACACAUAGAUAUUCAGGUCUAACUUAUAUAUUUGUAUCAAUGAUACAGCAAUGAUAACUUGUGAGUAUGUCACGUUUACAGUGUGUCUGCAAUUAAAGGCUAUAUGCUGGUUUGUGCCCUGGUUUUACAAAAAUGGUUUCUUCCCUUCCUGUCUUUAAAGUACCUGAGCAAACAGCUGGAGAUGCUACGCCAAGUAAAUGAACAGCACGCCAAGGUCUAUGAGCAGUUGGAUACAAUAGCAAGAGAUUUGGAAGUGACUAACCUAAGGCUGGUACAGGAGAGCAAAGUGGCCCAGCACAAGAUAACAAGGUUAGAGACAAGGGAGUGGAAGAAAGGGGAAUAACUGGAGUAAAUAAGGAGAGCGAAAGUGAGAAAGCUUGUUGGGGGAUAAAACAAGAAGGUGGAUAAACAAGUAUUAGCGAAAUGUAGAAUUAUAGAAAUAACUGAAAAUAACACGUGGGGAUGUUGGUGAAAGCCAAAUAAUGAAUAUGUCUCUGUCUGUUAGUCUCACAGGUACUAUAGAUGGCUUGCAGAAACAGGUGGAGGAUCUGCAGAAACAAGUGGAAGAACUGCGCAGUCAAGAUCAGGUUCGAGUGAGGAGGGAAAAGAGAGAAAGGCGUCGCACUAUCCACACCUUUCCCUGCAUACGGGAGCUGUGCGCCAAUCCCAGGUUAGUGUAGGGGUCUUUGGUGACAAAUGAGGAAGCCAUAGUUCAGAUUCAAUGUACACCGUUUCUGUACCAAGUCUGUAAUAACAUUCACUCAAUAUGGAGAUAUCAGAGACCUCAGACAUGUUCUACUGAUUGGCAAAUUGUGAAAUACUUAAAGCAGCUCCAUCACCUUCUGGGGUAUUUGCAUAUUUUGCAAAAAACCCUGAUGGUGACAUCACUGCUUGCUGUGCUAUGGCCCACGUAGGCAACAGAGGUUAGAUAUACUAACUUGAUGCUCUCCCCCAUGGAGACCACCAUCUUCUCUCUUCAGCUCCUUGGGCUUCAUCAGGCAUGUGCGAGAGGACAGUGCUAAUGUCUAUGGAGCAUUCAAUCCUCCAAUCCUCCAUAGAUAUCGUCUCGCAGUGAGCGAGACAAUGCCUUAUUUUCUCCAGCCGUCACUAAGUGACAAAGUUUGUCAAGUGGAGAUAAAAUACAUAAGAUAAAGUAUCCCUACUUUGCGUUAUGUAUUUUAGGAGAAAAAUAUUGAAAAAAUAUUAAGGAGGAGAAACAGAUUGAAGCAAUGUAAGUUUAGAGUGACAUUAUGAAAAUAAUUUUUAUUUUAUUUUUUUCUAUGACAGAUGAUGUUUAUCUUUUUAUACAUCUUUUUUAACCCCUUAAGGACACAAUUUCAGAAAUAAAAGGGAAUCAUGAUGGAAUAUUUCCGUCAUGUGUCCUUAAGGGGAUAAGUAUAAGUUUGUGUACAUAACUGCCAUCCUCUUGUCCUGUGUACAGGAAUGAAGAUACACUCUACAUGCAUGGUUCUUGUUUGGACUUAUCCCCUAAGCCAUUACAGAGAGAAAACGAGCGUCUGCAUAGUGCCGUGGCCUCACUUCGGGCUUUAGUAGCUGAAGAACGUCAGCGAAAAGAAAAGGCAGAACGGGAAUAUCAAUCGGUGGUGCAGGAAUAUUCUGAGCUCGAACAAAGAGUUUGUGAGAUGGAAAACUGCAGGUUACGUGUACAAGAACUGGAAGCAGAACUACAGGAACUACAGCAAAUGAAGCAGGUAAAACUCAAGUUUGUGUAUUUAAAAGGAAGAGAUCCUUUUUUUUUUUCUAUGAUACUCCCAAUAUGCUUUCACAUCAUCUUCCCAUAAUGUUGUGUGUAUGAGGCAUCCCCCUUAGAAUUAUAUCCAUUAAGGGAAACUAUAGUGCUAAGAAAACAAAGUUGUAUUCCUGGCACUACAGUGACCUGUAAUGCCCCCCUUCUUCCCGUGGCACUGGAAGGGUUAAAAACCCUUCUGUCACUUACCGCCGAUGUCCUCGGUGCUGGGUCAGGAUCCAUCUCCACUCCUCUAAUGUGCAUGUGUGGCUAGCUUAGGACUACCCCAUAGGAAAGCACUGCUCAAUGGAUUCCUAUAAGGUUUUAGCUGAUGAUGGCUGUCCUCGUGCAGAGCAUAAGGCUGUCCAGUGUCAGUUAGGAGACCAAAAGUCGCCUAACCACCCGGAAGUGCCUCUAUAGGGUGUCUGGUAGUUAACCCUGCAAGGUAAUUAUUACAGUUUAUCAAUAACUGCAAUAAUUAGAAUUGCAGGGUUAAAGGGACUCUCCAGUGCCAGGAAAACAUGUUAGUUUUCCUGGCACUGCAUGACCCUACAGUGGCCCUCUCCCUCCCACCCCCCAUCCCAAGUUGCUGAUGUGGUUAAAACCCCUUCAGUGACUUACCAGAGUCCAGCGCCGAUGUCCUUCGGGGCUUGGUUCGGCUCCGCCUAUUCUCCUCCCCCGCCAACGUCAGCCGGCGAGGGAGACUUAAUGCGCCUGUGAACGCGCAUUAGACCUCCCCAUAGGAAAGUAUUAUUCAGUGCUUUCCUAUGGGGAUUUCGGCGACGCUGGAGGUCCUCACAUAGCGUGAGGACGUCCAGCGUCGCUUAAAACACUUUUCGUGUUCUAAGAAAUUGCAAUAAUAACACUUGCAGGGUUAAGGGUAGUUAAUGGAAGUUGGCACCCAGACCACUCCAAUGGGCAGAAGUGGUCUGGGUGCCUGGAGUGACCCUUUAAAGUAACAGUUUACACAAAGACAGACUCCAUAGUUAGCAGCAUAUUGGAAAAAGUUUAACACAUCUCCAAUAAAAGGAAGUAAAAUUAUACUUACAAGGAUAGAGCAGGCUAACUGCUCUAUGAACUCAGCGUUGGUGGUAUUACUUGGGAUUACUUGAAGUAUAAAACUUAAAAAUGCCUGGAAAUGUGCAUAUAACAAAGAUGAUUGGCACAAAAAGGUAACCAAAAAAUCUUUAAUAAGUUAAAAUACACAAUAUUAAAUGUCCAUAACGCGUUUCACCUUUGCAGGCUUUUUCAAAUGGAAUAAAAAAACAUUCAACCUGGCUAUAAUGGUGUGUGUGUGUGUAUAUAUAGGGAUAACUGUGUUUAAAAUUGGAACCAAAAUUAGCAUUUUCCAAUCGAAAUUCAACAUAUUGUAACCAUAUUAAAAGUACAUAAAAGGUAUUAAAUAACAUUCUUUACAUAGUAUAGAGGCUAAAUAUAAUAAAUUAUAAUGAAAACGAGGGUUAAAUCAAGUGGAAAUCGCAGUGGAAAAUUAGUCACGUCACGCGAAAGUGUCAUAGGUCUCAAUGCUACAUGGGAUAUGUAGUCUGUGCGAACGGUAACAGGAAGGGUGUGUAUUUACUCACUUUGUGCCGGUGAUCGGCAGGAAAAAGGAUAAAUUAGCCGCGAGUAUCGUCGGCCAUAUUGUGGAGGUCUGAAGUGUAAUAUAGCACUUAAGGGGAGGGUUGGCCGUGAGUAUUGGUGGCCAUAUUGGGUGGGACAAAUAGCGGCAGACAUAUUAGGAAGGUCAUAAAGUGGCCAAAAAUCGCGAUGGCCAUAUUAAGGAGGUCAAUAAAAUGAAUAGGAGGAUAGAGUAGCCUCAAAUGACAGCAGCCAUAUUUAGGCGGGUAGGAGUAGUGGUUACUCUGCUUGGAAUAUUUCUUUAAUAGUGCUCCCUUAUGUUUGUACUUUUGCAUCUUUAUUCUGUUAUAUGAAAAAUACAUCUGCAUUAUGUACCUUCUGUGCAGAAUCUGUUGCAAGUCUAAGAUGAAAGAAACACAGAUAAAACGUAUACAGUGUGAAUGAAUAUUUCCUUUUGGUUACAAUCUUCUGUUCUUACACUGAAGAAUUAUUUUAUGAUUUUUAGAUUAUUACAGUGCUGCACAAUUUAUAAAUUAAGUAAUCAGUGUUGGUUUUGGGAAACAGCAUGUUUUGCCUACAUUUUAAACAAGGAAUGAAAAAUUAGCCUUUCAGGUUUAUUUACUUAAAGUGAGAAUUCAAAGUGAUUCUCAGAUUUAAGGUCAGAAUAGCAGAACCAGUAAAUAUUUUCUAAAGCAGCUGUGCUUUCUGUUUGGCUACUUUUGGAGAGAGAGAGAGAGUGUUUUUUAUUUAUUUUUUAUUUUUUUUAUAUAUUGAGCACUUUCUCCAGACAAAUCCAAGACUGUAUUUUCUUUCCGAAUUAUUCCAUGCUAUUUGCUUUGUGGGAUGGGCGAGAUAUUUCUGCCACUCCUUUCUGUUUUGUUUUUCAGAAAGGAGUUUACAGCCACUGCCCCAUAUGUAGUGAAUGUAUUUUUUAUCUUUUAUUAUUUAUUUAUUACUGCUAUUUAUAAAGUGCCAACAGAUUCCGCAGUGCUGUAAAAUUAGUGGAGAAACGUACAAUAUACACAGACAAAUACAAGAGGUAGAGAGAGCCCUGCCCGUAAGCUGAUAUCUAGCCAUUGGAGCUCUUUUAUACAAAGUGCUUGGCUAGAUGGCCUGUGAGCUUACAAUCUAAAGGACACCAUGGGGAUUUGAGACAAGAGGUAGCAGGGGAAGUUUGGAGGUGAUGGCUGAAAGAGUUAACAGAGAAGCAGCUAUUGGUAAGAUGUUAGGGGAAUGAAGAGGUAAUUGGGUGAGAAUCUCAAACAGCUGGAGGAGCCUGUUAUAUAUUUAGGGGGAGCCUGGGUGGGUGGGAAGUGGGGAGAAUUAUGCGUGUGUGUUUUGAUUUAUUGUUUGUUUGUUUUUUUGGUUACAGGUGAAGCGCUACCUGCUGGGAAGGGGUGACAGUCUUUCUCAGGCAUUGCUAGAACCUCUUAACAAGACCCCUGAAACAGAUGAUCCAGAGCCUCGUGAAGAGUCAGGAGUCGAUAUGAGCAGGAGCCAUACACCCCCAAACUCGGCUGUCAGGAAAAGCUGUAGUGACACAGCCUUGAGUGACAUUGUAGGUAGGGAUGCUGUAAGUCGGCACGAAGGCAACUACACUCUACAUGCUAACAACACAAGGCGUCGUGGCAUGUCUAUCUUGCGCGAAGUGGAUGAGCAAUAUCAUGCUCUGCUGGAGCGAUAUGAGGAGCUGCUGGCCAAGUGCAGGAGACAUGAGGACAAUCUGUGUCAUGCUGGAGUACAGACCUCCCGUCCCGUGUCUCGGGAUAGCUCUAGUCGAGACCUACCAGGUGAGGAGGGAGAGUCUGAGCGAGUACUGACCAUGCAACUGGAAGCUGUAGACCGAAGGCUUGAACAGAGUCAACCAGAAUACAAGGCACUCUUUAAAGAAAUAUUUAAUCGCAUCCAGAGAACCAAGCAAGAUGUUAGUGCUGGGAAAGGUCCAGGGGGCAAAUAA